AUGGCCAUGACGCCGAGCGGCAAGAUGGACCGACGUCGUGCGGGUUCCAACUACUUUCAACUGGACGCCGACCGUAAACGUAACACGUCGGCUAAUCGGAGUCAUUUGAAUCAAGGCGAUGGACGCGGCACGUUCAAUGAACGUCUUAGUAUGAUGGAUGUAGUACCUCCUAACACCCAAGGAGGCAACCAGAUGCGCGGUGGAGGCCUGGAAGGAGACUUUGCAGAUGAAAUGUCUGUAGACUUUUGCUGUGAAGUCUUGUAUAACAAAUUCGGCUUUCAAUCGGGCUCUGUAGACAACCAGAGAGAGCACGUGCUACUAUUACUAGCAAACUCCAAGGCACGAGCAAGACCUCAAGAUCCUCCUGGUCACCACGUCGUGACGCUUCACAAGAAACUCUUGAGCAACUACACCGAGUGGUGUCAGUUCCUGGGUGUCUCUAGCAUUACAUAUACGGGACAAGCCCAGGGAGAUCUCAAAAGUCCUCUUCAUAUGGACAUUUUACUCUUCCUGCUGCUCUGGGGAGAGGCAGGUAACAUGAGACAUAUGCCUGAGUGUUUAUGUUAUCUCUACCAUCAGUCGCUGAGUAUGCUGAACCAGGAUUUCCUUGGAGAGCAGAAAGUAUCGGAAGGCUGGUACUUGAGACAAGUGGUGCGUCCGAUCUGGAAAGAGGCGAGUAAUAUGCAGAGAAAAAACAGUCUCGGCAAGAACUUGGAACAUACCCAAGUACGCAAUUACGAUGAUAUUAACGAGUACUUUUGGAAAAAGUAUUGUUUGAACGUUGACAUUACGCAAAUUGGUGAAGAACUGACCAAGAAACAUACCAAGACGUACUACGAACAUCGUAGUAUCUUCACACUCGUGCUGAACUAUUAUCGAAUCUUCCAGUUUAAUAUGAUGUUCAUGAUGGUGCUCAUGGCCAUCGGCUUCAUUUCGGCCGUCUCACCCAGUGGCGGACAGCAGUGGUUCGCCCAGUUUGGAUCCAUGGGAGAAGUGGUGGAACCCUACCAGCAGCAAGACGUUAAGCUCACGUACGUGGGCAUUGUGUUUUCACUCUCAUCGAUGGGAUUUUGCAAGACUGUUCUUGAAGCGUGCCACGGCUGGCACUUGCUUACUGCUAAUGAGUCGUCCGAAACAUCAUCACGUUCAUUCAAUUACGGUGGUGCGCUAGUGGUGCGUAUGCUCUGGAAUGGUACAUUUGCAGGCAUUUUCGGCUUGAUGAUCUACACCCCACUGAUCACGGAGAAAAACACAGAGCUGCUGGACAAGGCUGCGCAGGCGGCUGGUAUCUACAUUUUACCGGGUUUGUUGGUCAUUCUUGUGCAAGCCUUUUCCCCGUCGACGGUUACCAAUAGCUUCGCAGCCAAGUUCAUUCGUGAGGGUGAAAGCUGCUACGUUGGACGUAACAUGGCGCCACCUUUGAGCUACCAGCUGAAGUAUAUCACCUUUUGGUUGAUUCUGUGGUCGCUGAAGGCGUUUGUGUCAUACUUCAUCCUGGUCCGUCCACUGGUUCUUCCGUCGCUCGCCAUCUACGAGAUGAAGCUUGAGUACGGUAGCAACGUGAUUUCGUUCCACAACUUCGGUGUUAUUGCUGCGUUGUGGUUGCCAGUGAUUUUCAUCUUCAACUACGAUACCCAGAUUUACUUUACCGUGUUUCAAGCUUCGCUUGGUGGCAUUCAAGGUCUGCUUAUGAAAACUGGUGAAAUUCACGGCAUCAAGGAGAUCACGAAGGCUUUCCGUGUAGCUCCUCAGCUCUUCGAUCAAAAGGUAGUGACCAACCUCGCUCGCUCAAACGACGCUGCUGCCGACGGCUCUGCUGCUGCGUACCAGUCGCAGAUGAUGCUGCGUUUCGUGGUCGUUUGGAAUGAGAUUGUAAACUCGUUCCGCGAGGGAGACCUCGUGGAUGAUAAAGAGGCUGCCAUUCUGCAGUACGACAUUCAGAGCUCUGGCGAUGUAUUCGAGCCAGUGUUCCUUUCCGCUGGUAAACUCGUGGAAGCUCUUGAAUACACGGUGAAGCUUGGCAAGGAAGGCAAGGGUGAUUCGCAGCUCCAGGUGUACAUGGUACAGAAGGAUUGUCUGUCAGCUGUGCGUAGCUUCUUUACAGCUAGUAUGUACGUGAUGGAGGCUCUUCUGGGCAGUGAUGAUGCGGACAUCCUUGAUGCUCUUCGCCAAAUGGAGACGAUUGCUGCAAACGGUAGCUUUAUGAGCACGUUUGACGCAAAGAGUCUGGUGCAGCUUCGUACUGUGUCAAUGGAGUUUUUGGAGGCUGUGAUGGAUCUUCCAGACCCAGACGCUCAGUCGCACUUGACGACGUCUAGGGUGCACAGGAUGGGCGUUAUUCGUAACUUUGUGACAAAGAUGGAGAACCUGCUUAACGCCAUUCGAAUCUUUGCGAACCGCCCCGAGCUUGCUGCCAAGUUCAGCAACUCUAAGUUUUGCUCGAGCGCAAACGGCUACGUGUUUGCGGCGCGUGGUCUGGUGAAUCUGUUCCAUAAUGAUACAGCCAUGGGUGCUGCGACCCGCGCGUACCUACUGAUGUCGCUUGAAAAAGCUGAUGCUAUGCCACGCGUUCCUGAGGCUCAGCGUCGUCUUGGUUUUUUCAUGAAGUCGCUUUUGAUGGACAUUCCGCAGCUUACGUCGGUGAAGGAGAUGCACUCGUUUUCUGUGGUUACGCCUUUCUAUAGUGAAAGUGUGCUGAUUUCUCUGUCAGAGCUGAAUGACCCGCUAGUGAACCACCCGGUCUUCCAAAAGGUUGAAGAGAAGGGCAAGAACAUUACGAUUUUGAAGUACCUCAUCACUAUUCAUCCCGAGGAAUGGGAGAACUUUUUGGAGCGUAUUGAUGUGGGUACCGCAGAUGAAGCGCAUGCAAAUUAUCCGCUGGAGCUUCGUUUGUGGGCCUCGUACCGUGGCCAGACACUGGCGCGUACUGUUCAGGGUAUGAUGCUUUACGAGGACGCAAUCAAGAUUCUACACUGGUUAGAGAUUGGGUCGAGCCCUGGCAAGUCGGCUGAGCAAAAGCAGGCUCAGCUGGAGGACAUGGUACGCUUGAAGUUUUCGUACAUCUGUGCUUGUCAAGUGUACGGUAAACAUCGCGCGGAGAAUAAGCCCCAAGCUGAUGACAUCGAUUAUUUGCUUAAGACAUACCCGAACUUGCGUGUGGCGUAUGUGGAUACUAUUCCGAUCGAAGGAGGCAAACAAUACGACACAGUGCUCAUCAAAAGCGAAGGAAACGAGAUUGCGGAAGUGUACCGGUACGAAUUGCCAGGUGAUCCAAUUAUUGGCGAAGGUAAACCUGAAAACCAGAACAACGCUCUUCCGUUUACGCGUGGCGAGUAUCUCCAGACUAUUGAUAUGAACCAGCAGCACUAUUUUGAAGAGUGUCUGAAGAUGCCGCAGCUGUUAGUGACCGCUGACCUACAUCCUUCGAAGAAACCGGUAUCGAUUAUCGGUAUGCGUGAGCACAUUUUCACGGGUAAUGCUUCGUCGCUGUCGAAGUUCAAGUCGUGGCAGGAACUGGUGUUUGUGACGCUCUCUCAGCGUGUGCUGGCUGAACCGCUUUACGUCCGUAUGCACUACGGUCACCCUGAUAUUUUUGACAAGGUCAUUGCGAUGCCUCGCGGUGGUGUGUCCAAGGCUAGUAAGGGCAUUAAUUUGUCCGAGGAUGUGUUUGCUGGUUUUAACUCAACGCUUCGUGGUGGUGUGGUAACGCACGUAGAAUUUAUGCAGUGUGGUAAGGGUCGUGAUGUGGCUCUUUCGCAGAUUUCGAUGUUCGAGGGCAAGCUAGCCAACGGUGCUGGUGAAACAUCUCUCGCCCGCGAGGCCCACCGCAUGGGCCAAUUUAUGGAUUUUUUCCGUCUAAACUCGAUGUACUACUCGCACACGGGUUUCUACUUUGCCACAUGGAUGACGAUUGUGACGACAUUCGUGUACAUGUACUGCAAGGUGUACCUGGUCUUGGCUGGUGUCCAGCAGCAGAUUGUGUACGACAUGAACUCGACUGCUGUGAUUACGGAAAACAUUGCUAAUAACUUCGAUGAGCGUGUAUUUAAGGACUUGAGUGCUGUUCUCAACACUCAGUUUUACAUCCAAGCCGGUUUCUUUCUGAUGCUACCGCUGAUGUGUGUGUACUUCGGUGAAGGUGGUCUUGUCCGCGGUAUGACGCGUUUUUUCGAUAUGAUCAUCACGCUUGGUCCUGCUUUUUUCGUGUUCCAAGUCGGUACGACGAUGCACUACUUCGACAACAACAUUGUGCACGGUGGUGCCAAGUACCAGGCCACGGGUCGUGGUUUUAAGAUUUCACGUGAAACAUUGGUGCUACUGUAUAAAGCGUACGCAAGUUCACAUUACCGGAAAGCAUGGGAGCUAAUGGGUUUGUGUCUUGUGUACGGAGUGUUUGGUAAUUUUUACAUCUGUCGGACGGAUGCGGCCGCAAAUGAUAACACUUUUGCGUCCGAUUACUGUGAAACUGCUCAGGCUUACGGUGUGCAGACGUUCUCAGUGUGGUUCAUUUCCAUUCUGUGGGUGGUUGGUCCGUUUUUGUUCAACAGUGACGGUCUUGAUUUAAAAAAGACCAAGGUGGAUGUUCAACAGUGGUGCAUGUGGAUGUUUGCCGAGGAGGACUAUAAGGACGAUGAUCCGGCGAACAAGGGUGGCUGGGUAGGGUGGUGGAAGGGAGAUUUGGAGCAGCUUCACGGCUCGAACAUGAUUUCGCGUGUUACCGUUGUUCUUCGUGAAUGCCGACACUUCCUGUUGAUGUUUUACGUGGCCACACUUGAAACAUCCGAUGUGAUGUACGUUGCGUACUCGUUCGGCGCCGCUGUAGCCACGGUAAUCCUGAUGAAUGUUUUCCACAGUCUUGGCAAGGGCAUGCGGUCUAUGAGUCCGGCCACUCGUGCAGUACUCUAUCUCGUCACUCUAGUGAUCGUGAACGCUGUAUACUUCCUUGUCACUUGGAUCAUUAUGAAGUGGACCUUUCAAUACGCUAUUUCACUAUGGUUUGCAUAUGUGGCUGCUCUUUACGGCAUCAACGAAUGCUUUCGCAUGUGGAGUUUCCCACACUCUUCCAUCGCUGGCAUUGCGGUGUUUCAACAGCUACAGUUUCUGUUCGACUUUAUUUUCUGCAUGGGUAUGAUUAUUCCGCUGGUGGUCAUGUCGUGCAUUCCAUUUUUGAACAUUAUCCAGACGCGUAUGAUGUACAAUGAAGGGUUUUCAAAGGUCAUGUCUGCAUCAUCGCAGUACGCUUUCUCGCUGGCGGCCUUUAUGGGCGUUUUGGGUGGUAUUGGCGUUGGCUGGCUCUUCAACCUGCUGUCAACGCUAGAGCAGUCAGCCAGUUUUGCAAGUUACGUGGUUACGUACGAUGACGUGCUCAGUGGUGAUGUCGGCGACGGCACGACUACUUUUUUGCUGUACGGUUCGUGUGUGGUGGGCACGAUCAUCGCUGGUUUCUUGAAUUUCUUCCUCGGCCGUCGUCUGGCCAUCGUUGCUGGUGGUCUCUUUAGCACGCUGGGUAUGGUAGCUGUGAGUGCUAACGAUGACCUUCGUUCGGCUCUGCUGAUGCCUGGUAUCGGCUUGCUUGGCGCUUCUUGCGGUAUUCUGCUACCUUCUUUGGCUAUCUACAUUUACGAGAUCUCCACGAAAGAAAUGCGUGGCAAGGCCAUUUUGCUACUGGGUUUAGGAUUUGUUGCUGGUAGCUUGCUGGGCGGUAUUUGUGCAACCGUAAACCAGUUGGGAUGGAUCUGGCAAGCAUUUGCAGCUUGCAUUGUCAUCGCGUUAGUCACGCCAGUGGUGAACGUGUUUCCGGAAAGCCCCUACUGGGUGCUAGAUCGUAAAGGCUGGGAUGCGUGCGAAGCCUGCCUGGUCAUUCUGCGACGAAAGCCUGCUGUGCAAGAGGAGCUCAAGAUCAUGCGUGAAGAGGAGACUCCUGAUGAGGCUGGUGCAGGCGCUUUUAAGUUCUUGAUUGGCUUUUCCCUGAUGCUAGUAUCAUCCCUGACCACAGGCUUCCUCAACGCCUUCAUCAGCUACAAGGGAGCUAAUCAGUACACUGACCAAGAUCAGUUGUAUGUAAAUGCCACGGCAUUGCAGAUUUCAGGUGUCGUGAUUGCCUUCUUUUUCAUCGACAAGCUGGAUCACAAGUCUAUUUUGUUCGGAACGCUCAUCCCAGUAGCCAUCUGUGCGAGUGUGCUGGGUUUCAACGAGACGUCAAACUUUCUUGGCAAACCGGAUGGCUCUGGCUUGUACACUAGUCUGAUCGUGAUGCUCAUGUACUUCUUUCUGGGGCUGGGCACGAGUUCUGCACUGUGGUCGGCCUGCGUCGGCAUGUUCAAAACGCGCGGUCGUGCCUCGUCUACGACGAUGCUAUUUGGCAUCUUUUUCGUAGCGGACGUGGGUUACGCCUACAUGCACGCGGACGACGCGUUCGCGGCGAAAGAGUACAUUUAUCUGUACGCAACCGCAGGCGUUAGCGUUGCUGCGCUGGUGCUACUGCUGGGUGCAGGUACCUUGAAGAACGGCGUCAUCUGCACCAAGUCGGAAGCUCAGCGUGAACGUGAUCGCAUCGCUCGCAUGCGUGCCGAGCGCGGAAGUCGUAACACGCGAACGCCCGGUAAUGCUCGACAGCGGAAUCUCAGUCGCGCGCGCUCCAAGUCCAAUGUAAGUAAUCAACGGACCAACGCAAUGCCCGUCGGCUACCAGAUGUACGAUACACCCGCAAAUGCCGUACCACCGCUCAUGCACACGCGUGCUUAG